AUGUCUGGUACACGAGGUCAAGUCAAUCUACAACCCAGCUACUUUACAUCGUCAAUAUACGUCAAGGCUCUUCGUGCAGAUAUUUCUACUCUCGUCUUCAACUUCCACGAGAGCUACGCGCGCGAUAAUGCAAACCCAUUCGGCACCUUCAAAUCUUUGUGGGAGGCCCAGGGCUGGAAGUGGCUACACUUCAGGGUGUUUGACAACAGAGCACGCGAGACAUUUCUGAAUGUAACAAUGAGACUCUUCCUUGAAAGGAUGGUCAAAACUGAAGCCCCAUUUACUCGUGUUGUCGCACUUUUCGCACUGUACACUUUUUUCAAUACUCAACCCACCGGCUCAGCACCUCCGCUUCACGUCGUUUCACAUAUCCCGAUCGCAAUAGACCACUACAACACCUUGCUCCAGUUUCCCCAAACUCUCGCAAAUCCGUUUCUAGCACCAUUGCAACCAUUUGCGUCUUAUGUUCUGUCGAAUCUUGUCCAGGGCAAUGCGUUCUACCUUCUACCCGGCUCAGAACUUGGUGCGAUGAAUCCACGUGAAUUACCGCGCGAGAUAUUUGUGGAAGAAGGGCUAAUUGAUGGAAACCAACCACAACGAAAGGGCCAGUACUCGAAACGGGAUAAAGUCGUUAAGGCGCGUUCAGCCCUCGAAACCAUGGCUCGAUUGCUGCAGCAAUCCAAGCCUUUACUGGGUACGACCGGGUUUCAGUAUGAUCGCCAGAAGCAAAUAUUGUUGGAUCAACUCGGCAUUGAUAACCCCAUGUUGCAAGAAACCAGUGAAAGUGUUGUGGCUCGACUGCGAGAGGCGCAUGAGCAGGAAGCGGACGUCGAGCAAUGGAAUGGAUUAGAGAGACUAAAUACUGCAUUAAGCGUACCUGGAGGCUUAUUGAAACUUGUUGAGCGUUGA